AAAUUCAAGGCGUCAUAAGUUUUCCCCAAUUCUGAGAGAGAGAGAGAGAUCCGGAAGAAGCCAUGGGAGGAGGCAACGCGCAGAAGUCGAAGAUGGCUCGUGAGAAGAAUUUGGAGAAAGCCAGAGCCGCCUCCAAGGGAAGUCAGCUCGAAGCUAACAAGAAGGCCAUGAGCAUCCAGUGCAAGGUGUGUAUGCAGACAUUCAUAUGCACUACUUCAGAGGUGAAGUGCAGGGAGCAUGCCGAGGCAAGGCACCCGAAAUCUGAUGUGGAAGUAUGCUUCCCCCAUCUCAAGAAAUGAUCUCAAAAAGCAUUGUUCUAUUGUCUUAUCUCCUCCUCGUAUGUUGUCAUCUGUGAAACAUGAUCAUCAUCUGUGUUUUCUGCUUGGGUUGUGGCUUAGAACUGUCUUGCCAGUUUCUUCUUUAUCUCUGUGUGAAGUACUGAGUAUAUGUUAUACUGUCUUAUUGUGUUAUUUGGAGCACUGAACUCGUUUAGUUGCUUUAUAUUGGGCAUAAGUUAAACUUUAUCGACUAGUUUUAUUUGCCAAGCACCAAUUCAUUUCACUAGAUUAGUUGAAUCAACAUAUAACAGCUUUUUUUGUACGGG